ACAACCAAAUUACACCGAGUUGAAAUGCCAGCGUUUUACUUAUAUAGACGUGUUAGAAGUCCCCUCAUGCUACGUAGAGACAUAUUACAUGUUAUUGAUACGGAUUAGCAUUCCACGCGAGUCUGGAACACACGAUAUGUCUUGCUCAAAUGCCAUCUGGAAAGAUUUCUGUUCAGAAUUUCAAAGCGAACAGAGGGGACCCUCUUCAGAAUGACCAAUCUGAUUUAGUGAUAUGCGCUAUAUACUCCUUAUAGUUAUCCCAAUUUUUUUUUUAAAGAUGUUCAAGUUUAAAUUUUGACAUCUUGUGAGGUCUUUUACGGGAAUAAACCGUCUUGAAUAAUUGGCGUAUUGUCACCAAACCAGAAAGUAAAUGUUGCCAUUUUCUUUCACUAAUUUACUAGCAGCAAAAAAAGAUAUAUCUGAGAUACUUUGUGCUCACAAAUGGAACCGCUGCCUUUGAUUAUCCCACAAUCGGUAUCCAUUUGAAACACUUAGCUACCUGAAGGGGAAACUUGUAGUAACUUAAUCCAAUAAUUCACGCAGAAAGUGAUCGGGACUCCGCCUUCGCUGACUAUGGGUAUGAUGCGGCGAAUGAAGUUUUAAAAGUUGAAAACUUUUAAUUAGGACAAUCAGCGCCAUAUUGUAAAAUGUUCCUUAUCGCGUCAGCAAUCAUGUGAUGAUAUAGCUUGCACUCAUUGGCUUGAUCUUUUUUCGGAUAGAUCAGUGGAAUGAUAAGAAAGAAUGGAAAAGAAUUAACUUAAUUUAUACGGAAAGAAGCAAUGGAUCCAUCGGUAAUAUUCAGAAAGAUUCUAAUUUUCAUGUGUUUAGAAUUUAUAUGUGACAAAGUAAAUGGGAAUACUCCGGAUCACUCUUCGUGUGCAGGUAUUUUACCGGCGGAUCUUCUUGGGGAGAGUAUUCCAAAGUAUGGAAUUUUACCUAAUGGAGUGAGUGUUCUGUACGACACCAAUAGUCACGCGCAUGCCUACAAGUUCUCUAGAAAUACUGUUGAUUUACAAAUUCCUGUCUCCAAGAUAUUCAAAAAAUGUCUAUAUUUCCCUGAUGAAUUUUCAAUAUUCUUUGUGAUAAAGCAUGAGAGAGUAUAUGAUAAAAGAGAAUGUAUAUUGCAUAUAGGACAAUCAAACUCAACGUUGGUGUCAAUACAAUAUUCAAGGAAAUACAUUAUAUUCACAUACAACAACAGAAAAGUACAGUAUAGGAAUUUCGCAUUGAAAGACAAAAAGUGGCAUUCCAUAGGAUUUAGUGUAUCUUCGAGUGAUAUCACAAUGACAACAGACUGCAUCAAUAAAAGAAGAAAACGACUGAAAAGGAGAUGGCCAUCGAAUCUUCUACUAAACAAUUCUACUUUUCAAAUUGCGAGCUGCGCACCUGGACAAGGAGUUACUCUGGGACAGAUUAAAGACUUGAUCUUCAUCCCUGGAGCUGACGCCGCCGUGAGAGCGUGUCCUCCCAAAACUCCACAGCACCGUCAUCUAGAUAACAGACUACCAGCCUUACCAGAUAUAUAUCGUAUCGGGUCUCCGGGGCCCCGCUGGGAUGACUGCACGUGGACAGACGUAGGGAACAUCGCCUAUGACCUCCACGCCAAAUCUCUGAAGGUCUGCGUCAAUGGAAUCUGGCAGCAUGUCACCGUAAAUAUACAAGCUCCAUCCAAAGACCAUAAGUUGCCAAGGAGAUUGGACUAUAUAGAUUAUCAUCAAGACAUCCGCACCCCGGGGCCCUCUAUUGAUGUGGAAGUCUUCACUAUUGAUGGGGAGGGAACAUUUGCCGUCUUUGCGUCUAGCAGACCUAGAAAAUCCAAAAAAGAUACCUCUAUUAUAUACAAAUGGAGGAAAAAGAAAUUCAUUUUCUAUCAGCGAAUGGAAACAGAUGCUGCGCAAUGUUGGAAAUUUUUCACCAUCAACAACAACUUUUUCCUUGCAGUUGCAAACUAUGGAAAAACUCCCGAUGUUCAAGCCAAUUCUACUAUAUUCAAAUGGCAUAAACGAAGGAGAAAGUUCAAAGAGUUUCAGAUCAUACCCACAUGGACCGCACGUGACUUUGAGCAUUUUGUCAUGAAUGGUGUACAUUAUUUAGCUGUGGCAAAUCAUGCUAAAGGUACCAGCCAAAAAGUUGACUCUGAAAUUUACAAGUGGAGUACAAAACUUCGGCGCUUUGAGCUCUUCCAGAGUAUAUUGACAACCGGUGCCUACGAUUGGACCCACUUCCUGGUCAACGGAUACCAUUUCCUGGCGGUGGCACAGGCAUUUGACGGGUUCAGCACUCUCACCGACUCCAGUAUCUUUGUCCUGCAGGACAAGAAGUUUGUUCUCUUUCAAACAAUGGAGACAAAUGGCGCCACAGAUAUCGAGGUCUUCCAGAUCGGCGACUCCGUGUUUCUUGCGGUGGCGAAUGCUUACAACUACGGACCUCAAAACAUCAACAAAAAGCAGGAAUAUUUCACGAACUCCACAAUAUAUCAACUGGAUAAAGGGAGAAGAGUCUUUAAAACAUUUCAAACGAUUGAAACGUUCAGUGCGGUGGACUGGGAGUUCGUAACUAUUGGUGACGAACAUUUUCUUAUAGUUUCUAAUGCGCAGAAUCGCGCAUUGGAAGGUGAUCACCUGACCAAUAUCUACAAAUGGCGAGGAGUAGAGAAGUUCGUCCGAGUUCACCAAAUGGACGUUUUACCAAACACUGACUGGGAAGUUUUCAAAGACAAAAAAGACAUGUAUUUUGUUUACUCUAAUGCCAAAGGGAAAACGUCACAGGUUUUGAAAGCAUAUUUCAUGCCCCCCUGAUUAAUAACACUUAACUUGUAUUAGCAUUCGAUCAUUUUCUGCAUUAUUUUGAAUUGAUAUUUUUGUUAAAUGCAUUUCCGUGGAAGAAGACUAUUGUGCAAUUUCUGAUAAAAUACCUCAGUACAAAAUGAAAUCACUAUACCGGUAUUACCAUCUUACAUUAUUGUUCAUUCGAGCAAUAUGUGACUACAUUUUCUUGAGUAUUAAAUAUACGUUUUCUUUAUAUAUAAAAACUACCUUCUUCCUUGCAUCUCGUUUUACGUGCAUCUUAACUGCAGGUAUUAAAUGCGCUAACAGUUGAUAGUUAUUUAUUUUCCAUUCAUAGGUAUUAUAAUUUUAUAUACAUUUGUUGUUUAUACUUUUGCAUGCUUAAUACUCAUGUAAUAAAGACUUUGACUUAAA